AUGAAGGUACAGACAAUACUUGCAUGCCUAGGGCUCGUGACUUCGGCUUCAGCUUAUCUGGCCACAACUACUCGAUACUAUGACGGGCAGGAAGGAGCCUGUGGCUGUGGAACAUUAUCUGGUCUAUACUCUUGGCAGCUCGGCAUUAGUAACGGUGUCUAUACAGCCGCCGGCUCUCAAGCCCUCUUUGAUACCGCUGGAGCCUCAUGGUGCGGUGCAGGAUGCGGCAAGUGCUACAACUUGACAUCAACCGGCAACCCUCCCUGCAGCGGCUGUGGCACUGGGGGGGUCGCUGGGGAGAGUAUCAUCGUCAUGGUCACCAACCUCUGCCCCUAUAAUGGCAAUCAGCAGUGGUGUCCUCAGGUUGGCGCCACGAACAACUAUGGAUACAGCUACCACUUCGAUAUCAUGGCCCAGAGCGAAGUUUUCGGCGACAAUGUGGUAGUCAACUUUGAGCCGGUUGCUUGUCCCGGUCAGGCUACCUCCGAUUGGGAGACCUGUGUCUGCUACGGCAAGACAGAGACCGAUGACACUCCAGUGGGACUGACGACAGGCGGCAGCAACCCUGCUCCUUCAACGUCGACAACAGCUUCGUCAAAGGGCAGUAGUACAACCUUGACCACCACGACCACCGCUGGUGGAGCGACUCAGACGCUCUAUGGACAGUGUGGUGGCAGCGGCUGGACUGGUCCUACUGCCUGCGCUUCGGGCGCCACGUGUAAGGUGUUGAAUCCUUACUACUCCCAGUGUCUCUCAUAG